AUGGAUAAGAACGAUACAAGAACCCUUGUGAAAUAUGCAGCUCUGGUCAUUGUUUUCGUCGCCCUGGUGUUAAUAGAAGAACCUACAAGCAUUCCUGUAUGUAACAUCAACGCAAACACUUUGGAAAAGUGUCGUUCAGCAGUAACCGGAAACAACCCGCCGCCUCCAGGUGAAGCAUGCUGCAUAGUCCUCCAAGCUGCUAACCUCGAAUGCAUCUGCAAGUUCAAAUCUCACCUCCCUGUUUUAGCAACCAAGUCAUCUAAAGUCCCGGAUCUUCUGAGCAAAUGUGGCAUUACAACAGUCCCUCCUGCUUGCCAAGCUUCGAAGAACUGA